AACCAGCCCCUUCCGCUGGCAGGUCACUCCGAGGGUUUUGCAGCUCGGAGCCCACAGGCGCAUUCAGCCCUGCGGCAGACAUGAACGUGAAGACCGUGCUCAUUCUCCUCAUUCUGGCUUUGGCCACAAUAUUUGCCUUGGUCUGCGUGCUGCUGACCAGAGGAAGGGCACCCAGUGUCUGUCAGCACCAGCACCUGAAGCAGGAGGACACUGACGAUGGCCGCAGCCUGGUUUUUGCUGAUCUGACCCCAGAAGAAAUGGUCCAGGUGGUCCGGUACCUGCAGGAAAAACUCGGGGUGAAGCUGGUGGACGCCUCGCGUGCUUUGCCCUCUGACAACUGCAUCUACUUGGUCGACGUGCAGAUCCCUGCCAAGGUGGAGGUGCUGCGGUUCCUGGAUGAUGGGGGGCCUCGCCCUGCACGGGAGGCGCUGGCUGUCCUGUACUUUGGUAACCAGCUGGAGCCCAACAUCACGGAGUAUGUGGUGGGUCCACUGCCGAUGCCGACGUACCACCGGGACGUCACGGUGCAGAAGUAUGGGGGGAAGGUGCCGUACCACCGCCGCCCCGUUACAGGCAAGGAGUACACGGAUAUCAACACGCUCAUGCAGCGGGAGCUGCGCCAGGCACCGCGCUUCCUGGCUGCGUGCUGCGAGACGGACGGCAGCGACCUGGCGGCGCUCACCACCGCCCCCCGGGGCUUCCAGUCGGGCGACCGCAGCACCUGGUUCGUCUUCUUCCACGCCGUGCCCGGCACCGGCUUCUUCCUCUCACCAGUGGGGCUGGAGCUGCUGGUGGACCACAAAGACCUCGACGUGUCUCGCUGGCGCCUGCGCAAGGUCUUCUACAACGGUCGGUACUUUGCCAGCACUGGGGCCCUGGAGGCUGAGUUUGCGGCCGGCUCGCUGCCCCUGGUCCGGAUCGAGAAGCCGUUGGCGGCAGCGGCGAUGUACGGCUCGAUGCAUCCCCGGCACCCGCCCGGCCCCCCGGCGCCGCUGCCCUACGAGCCCCAGGGUCCCCGCUACCAUGUCCACCACAACCGCGUCGCCUUCCAGGGCUGGAGCUUCGCCUUCGGCAUGAACCCCAGCUCCGGCCCCCGGCUCUUCGACGUGCGCUACCGCGGCGAGCGGCUCCUCUACGAGCUGAGCCUGCAGGAGGCCUUGGCCCUCUACGGCUCCAACUGCCCCGGCGGCAUGUCGACCCGCUACCUCGACGGCAGCUUCGGCAUCGGCCGCUUCGCCUACGAGCUGGUGCGGGGCGUCGACUGCCCCUACCUGGCCACCUACGUGGACCGGCACUACCUGGCCGAGGCGGACGCCCCCCAGGCCAGCCGCGCCUCGCUGUGCGUCUUCGAGCACGACACGGCGCUCCCCCUGCGGCGCCACUUCUCCGACGCCCACUCCGCCUACUACGGGGGGCUGCGGCGCACCGCCCUGGUCCUGCGCGCCGUCUCCACCCUCGUCAACUACGACUAUGUCUGGGACUUCUUGUUCUACGCCAGCGGGGCCCUGGAGGUGCAGGUCCACGCCACCGGCUACAUCAGCUCCUCCUUCUUCCACGGCCACGGCACCAACUACGGCAACAGGGUGGGGCCGCACACGCUGGGCACCAUGCACCUCCACCACAUCCACUACAAGGCGGACCUGGACGUCGGCGGGCGGCUGAACUGGCUGGAGACGCAGGACAUGGCGUACGAGCGGCUGCGCGACCCCUGGAGCGGGGAGCACACGAUCGAGCAGCCCGUGCUCCGCAAGGCGCGCCUGCGGCGGGAGGAGGAGGCGGCCUUCCCCCUCGGCGGGCGCCUGCCCCGCUACGUGGCCUUCGCCAGCGCCCGCCCCAACCGGUGGGGGCACCCGCGCAGCUACCGCCUGCAGCUCCGCAGCCACCCCGGGGAGCACCUGCCCGCCGACAGCCCCAUGGAGCGGGCCCUCAGCUGGGGCAGGUACCAGCUGGCCGUCACCCGGCACAAGGAAGAGGAGCCGGCCAGCUCCAGCAUCUACAACCAGAACGACCCCUGGACGCCCACCGUCGCCUUUGCAGACUUCAUCAACAACGAGACCAUCGCUGGCGAGGACCUGGUGGCCUGGAUUUCCGUGGGCUUCCUGCACGUCCCCCACGCCGAGGACGUACCCAACACGGUGACGGCGGGCAACAACGUCGGCUUCAUCCUGCGACCCUACAACUACUUCGACGAGGACCCCUCGGCCGACUCCCCCGACAGCAUCUACCUCGGGGCCGAGCGGGAGGCGGGGGGCUGCAGCAGCCACCCCCUGGGCUGCCGGCCCGCGGCAGCCGCCUGUGCCCCCCACCUGCCCCCCUUCAGCUACAGCGGCUUCCUCAACCUCACCCUCAGCCUGCCACCGCGGCCCUGAGCCCGGCCCCCCGGUGCCCGUGGCCACCCCUGUCCCCCGCUUCAUCGCAUGCGCUAGGGCUGGCUCUGCAGGGGCCGCGGGUGCAGCUUGGUGCAGCGAUGCAGCCUGGGGACGCGGAUGUCCUGUUGCAGCCCAGCGCCAUGGCCGCAGCCCGGCCCACCGAUACCGCCCGGUGCUGUGUUGCAGCCCAGUGCCCUGGGUGCAGCCUGGCCCUGGCUCCGGGCUGCUGCCUGCAGGCCUCCACCUGUGCAAAGCCUCCAGCUGCCCUUGCAGCCCUCUUGAGACUUUGUCCCAGGUGCUGGAAGCAGGCAGCUGGGCUGGAUGCCUGGAGCUGUGGUGUCAGCAGCUCCCGGGUGCAGCCCCCAAGUGAGGUGUCCUUGCUGCCCCCAGGGGCCGGGGCCGUGCAGGGCGCCUGCCCCCAUGUCACCGCCUCCCUCGGCCGGGUACGGGCACAGGACAGCGCACCAGGAGCCGGCAGGGCCCGGUGGCAGCUGGCGGCGUGGGGCCCUGCAGCGCUGCCUCCCACCACUUGCAAUAAACAGGCACCCGGGUGCCUUUCCCCACCGCA